UUUUACCACAGUACAAACACAUUUCGGUUCUAGUGAGGUUCUGUGUUUGAUUUGAUUAAAUUAUAAUGGCUUACAGUUGGGACAACAGAGUUAGUUUCGUCGUCAAAUAUCUUUACGAUACGGAUAAUAACGGUUAUUUGGACGAGCGCGAUUUCGCCUGUCUGGCCUUAAGGGCAACGAUAAUUGAGGGUAAAGGAGAAUUCAGCUUUUCACGUCUUCAGGAGUACCAACAUAUCAUGUUGAGUUUGUGGGAAGAGAUUGCUGAAUUAGCCGAUUUCAAUAAGGAGCUCUUACAGGACGGCAAAAUCACCACCGAGGAAUUCAAACAGGCGGUUCAACAAUGUUGCAUGGGUCGGAGAUAUGAGGACUUCCCCCAAGCUAUGAAAAUGUUCAUCGACUCUAAUUUCAAAAUGGUUGAUUUGAACGACGAUGGAGUUAUCGGAGCGGACGAAUAUAGAUUCAACUGCGUUACAAAAUUCGCAAUAGAUGACAUAGAAAUCGUUGAUGAAGCUUUCAACAACUUAUUAAGCGAUGAUGAUAGGCGAAGAGGUGGUUUAACUUUGUCGCGUUACCAAGAAUUAUACGCUCAGUUUCUUGGCAACCCUGAUGACAACUGUCCUGCCAUCUAUCUGUUUGGACCCUUAGCAGAAUUCCAACUUUAAGUCUGAUACUAAUUUAAGUGUUAUAUUGUUUUUGUUGCAUUUUUUAAACGAAUAAAUUUUUAGCU